AUGGCUCUGAGCUUCAGUCUCGACUAUUCAGGUGGAGUCAAACAUAAUUCUGAGAAGGCGGCACCUGUCGGGCCCAGAAGUUAUCAGAAGACUAACAACAACUUUGGCGAAAUUUUCAGACAUCCCUUGGACAAAUAUGAAAACACUCCACGCUACGACAAGAACGACCCAAAUUAUGGUCGAGCACCGCGUGGAAGUUUAACAGAGGCAAAAGGAAUAAAGGCAAGCCUUGACAUCUGUCGUGAGGUUCUGUUUUUAAUGGAGAAGAUCAAUCAGAACGCCGAGGGAGAAGAACCACAUAAAUGGAUCAAAUUUGGAAAACUAUUUCAUGUUUAUUCACUUUAUUCUGAUUCGGUAGUCGGUUAUCUAAUUCGAGCACGAAAGUAUGGUCUUGUACAUUUCGAAGGCGAAAUGUUGUAUCAACGGCAAGAUGAUGACAAGAAGAUCACAAUGCUAAUGGCUAUAGCUGACAUUCGGGAACGUUUAAAACCUACUGGUGAUCCAAAAAAUUGUAUUGCUAUUGUUGCUAACAAUAAGUAA